AUUUUCGGUUAUUUCUAACAAAGUUUUAUAUAUUUUCUAUUUCUUUAGUAUUAAAAAUUUUGAUCUAUAAAAGUUGCAGAUUAAAUUUAACUUUUAUAAAAUAAUCUCAGUUUUAUAGAUAUAACCAUUUAAUUCUAUUUAAUUUUUUACAUUUCUAUUAUUUUCGUCAUUUUCACAUUUUUAUUUAUGGAUAUUGGUAUGUUCUCAAAUAUUUUUAAUCGGAUAUUCAAUGACCAAAUCAAAUUAUAUCUAAAUAAUUAUGCAUACUAAACGUUUCUAAUAUACUUGAGUUGAUAUUUGGUAUCAAAUCAAACUGAAAUACUUAUGAGUCCUAAAUAGAUAUAAAAUCUAUCAAUUUAAUAUAUUGAUUUUUAUCAAAACCAUCCAAAAUAUUGAUGUAUAUAUAUAUUUAUAUAAGAACCUCUCUGAUUUAUUCAAAAUUAAGAGUGUAUAGUCUUGAAACUAAUUACUUUGUAAAUAUUCAAAGUCAUAUAAAUUUAAAUAAGCUAUAAUUUUAAAUUUUAUAGAAUCUUUCUAAAAAAUAAAAGUAAUUUUAAAAUAGAUAAAGUUAUUCGGUUAUAACUGGACUGUAUAAUAUAACAGCUUCAAUCUCUAAUCCCGAUUAUCUUUUCGAACUCACUUCUUCUCUGGCCAAGUCGUCCAAAGGUAUGCAAAAAUUCAUGGUGUUAGAGCUUUUGCUUUUGAUUCAAUAGACUGACUAACUUAAUUUGCGAUUGGGUCUGAUUCAGAAGUCUAUAAGGUUGUUUAGGUAAUGAGGUUUUGUGUGGGAUUAGGAUAUCGUGAAGAAGUGGAAGCUGUUCAUCAUUGGUUUUCAUCUCACAGUAACUUCAUGCACUUGUUGUUUUAGUUAAAAAGAAUAUAAGAGCUAUCUCCCGACUCCCGCUGAAUGCUACUUGAAUGGUUAAUAAUGGAGAAGAUCAUCUUUAUAAAAUGCACAAGAAGAAGAUGGUCUAAAAACUAUAUAGCUUGGUUUAUAUAUGUGAGGUUAAUGAGGCUUUCGCAUUAUCUUCUCUCUCUGUUCCAUGCAUGAUUUACCUAUGGUUAAUGGUCCUCUAUCUAUCUAUCUAUCUAGACUUGCUCCUGCAUGACAGUUUCUACUUGCUUAAUUCCAUCAGAAAAAUGUACAGUUACCACUACAUUGUUGUAGUUUCUGUUAGGUUUUAAACUCUUGAAUUUUCCUUGCUUUGUGGCUAUAUCCAAAAGAUGACAACAAUCCAAACUGGCCCAAAGACUCAAAAGCCAUCUCCUUCUACUCUCAAGCAGCCAUCAUCAUCGAUUAAAAGGUGGGGAAGGAGACACCCUUUUGUACGAUACGGACUUCCCAUGAUCUCUCUCACUGUUUUUGGAGCCCUUGGUCUUAGCCAACUCCUCCAAGGCAGUAAAGACAUCGCCAAGGUCAAAGACGACCAGGAAUGGGAAAUUAUUGAGACUAGAAAGGCUCUUUCUAGAACUGGACCUCUCGAUGCUUAUCAACCUAAACACACUUCCAUCCAAGACGAGCUCAAGGCUAUGCAAGGGAAGGUGGACAUAAGCACGUACGAGUACAAGAAAAUUCCAAAGCCAUACACGAAGUCAAAUCCAGUUAAUGUCAAGUGAAUAAUUUUAUAUAUCAGAGGUUUUUAUUAUUCUUAGACAUAAACUAGCUUCCUUUGAAACCUAUCAUGAAUUUGUGAGAAGCACAAUCUAUUCUGAAGCCAACUUAUUUCUCAAGUAGAUAGUUAAUGGUA